UCCUCUCACACUGGAACAUCCAGGACGCAGCAGCCUGCUCAAGUGACGCAAAGGCGGACUUAAUUCAAACAAACACACCGAGAGAAAAGAAAGAAAGAAAAGGCGAGGAAAAGAAAGGAAUAUUUAGAACCGGAACAAGUGGAAGGAAUACAACUUAUAGAUUUUCUUUUUAUUCUUAAAAAAAUCACUGGAAGUUUUGCCAUGAUGAGGAAUUUCAGCGUUGUUCUCCUGCUGAUUCACGCCUUGGUGGUGUCCAGACCGGCCAGUGGUGCUGCAGUGGACAGGUAUGAGAGCGACAGGCAGCGGCACACAACUGUUAUCAACUUGGACACGACCAAAGACAAGAGGAUAGAGGAGGAGAGCAGGAGCGUGAGUGCGACGACAUCAGAGUAUGGUCAGGAAGGCGAGGAGGACGAAGAUUAUGGUGAUUAUUAUUACGAAGAGGAGUAUGAAGAUGGCUUGUCUGGAGACUACGAGGAACUGCCACGAGUUGCUAUGGUAAGCAAACCCAAAGACCCGUCUCCCAUCCUGGAGACUGAAAGCCCUGAAGGAAAGAGAAGGAGAGGAAAGGGAAGAAAGAAGGGAAAGGGCAAGGGAAAGAAGAGGAAUCCUUGCCUGAGGAAGUAUAAAGAUUUCUGCAUUCACGGCACCUGCCAGUACGUGAGGGGCGUCCAUGCUCCAUCCUGUGUGUGCCACCUGAGUUACUCCGGGGACAGGUGUCAGUUUUUCACGUUGCCCUUGGAGAAGCCCCAGGAGGGCUACAACAGGACCACAGCUCUGGCCGUGGUGGCAGUGGUGCUGUCGUCCGUCUGUCUCACCAUCAUCGGCCUUUUAUUGCUGCUCAGGUUUCACAAGCGGGGAGCGUAUGAUGUAGAGAAUGAGGAGAAGGUCAAACUAGGGUUAGCGUCCAACCACUGAAGAGACAAAGAGAGGCAAAGACGUGGAAAUUCUACCUCAAAAUAGCAAAAGAGAAGUGAAACGCGAAUGGAGGUCCUCGAGGGAAAAGGAUCGUACAUGAAGAAGGGAACAGAGGUUGUUGCCUGCCUUGACCCUCUGCUAGACGUUCAGAUGUAAAACGGGCAAGUGAACAUAUUCCUGAAGGCCUCAGAAAAAGUCGGCCCACCUGAAACUGGAAUACUAACGGCCCAGAGGAUGGACAGGAGAUGUGAUGAGCACGAAGAAACGAGAAGAAGAAGAGAAGAGGAAGGAACGUGUCUAGACUCUGCGCUGCUUCUUGACUGUGUGAAAAGAGGUCGUUUCAGACUGAACUGAACAAGAUUUUUAACAAAAGAUUUUUUUCUCAACAGACAGCAUUUUGUAUUUUCCUGCACAAGUCCAUCUUUUUGUCUUUGUUUUCUUUGUGUACAGUAAACGGUAUAUUUAUAAUUUUAAUUUAUUUAUUUAAGCUAACUGUAUUUAUAGAGAUUUUAACCACCUUCAGCCAUUUUUAAAAUAAUGAUGUUACAGUUGUUUUUAUAUUUCUUAUUGGAUGAUAUUUAUUUAUGAAACAGGAAAGCAAACUAUGCAGAGGCUCCUUGAGAUAUUCAGUAUUUCAUGAAAAGAGAUAUGAUGCAUAACGAUCUGAUUUCUGGCUUUAAUUUUGUCACUCAGUCGAUGAUCAAUAGCACUGUGAUUAAUCAAUUGAUCUUUGAAUAGACAUGAUCGUUUUUUAAAUUAUUUAGCAUGGCUUUAUAAACGCCCUGCUCACACUCACACAAUUACACACAUUCACAACAGAAAGUUGCCCAGUGCAAACAGUCGGAUCUAUCCACUGGAGAAGUUUUGGGUUCAGGGCCUUGCUCAAAGGCACAUCGAUGGUGGUUCAAACCAAAUUUGUCCAGAGGGUUUGGGGAUUUUUAGGCCAUAUAAGGCUUCUGUCCCGAUGUUACAAGAUCAAAUCUAUCAUUACGAUGCAUUGCACUGGCUGUGUAUUAAUUAAAAACAAAAUAAAAACUGCACUUAGCGACUGUAUUGUUAAGAAACGUUAAAAAAAAGGGAGUCGAAUAUCAAAUGCACUGUAGCAACAAUUUGGUAUGAAUAUGUUGUCAUGUUGUCUUACCACCAUUAGAGGAGAAACUCCCUCAUAUUAAUGUUAAGCUGUCAAGCAAAAAAAAUGUGAAUUAAAGUGUUCCACCCUUUCAAAUCCUGUCCUGCAGUUUUUUGAAGUGAUUUUUAUUUAUGUGAUUUUUUUUUUCAGAGCAAAAUAAAUAAA